AUGGCCACAUCCCCUGUGAAGGGACACCGGGAGAUGCCGUUGGCAGUGAUUCCAUUCUCAGCUUCCAAGGAUAUAUUAAAGACUCAAUUGUCAAUUACCGCCGCUUUUCACCAACAUGGCUGGUAUCAGCACAUGGCGUUGGAGUCGACGUGUAUCAAAAUUAACGACUAUCUUCGGAACAGGCUCUAUUUAUCAAGUAUCAUGCCGAACCCCGCGUGGGAGCAAAGGUCCUUUCCAGAAGGAAACGACAUCAGGUAUAUCGAUGUGGCUAGAGCAGUUGAAGAUUUUGAGCGCAUGAUGUGCCACACAGACCUCGAGCCAACACAAAAAGAAUUUCUUACUAGGGGACUUGAAUGCUGCCGCAGAUGGCUGAAUGAUCCAGAGAAGCCGUCUACUGCGACCGUAAAGUCUUUAAAGAACUUUCUAAAGCACACGGCCUACCUCCCAAGAAUCUGCCAUCUCGAAUUUCAGCCGCUUAAAUGCGUCUGCAAGGGUCUAAGGAUCUUAGCCGAUGCGUGCACUGAAGAGUUCCCACACGAUUUCUCUAUAUAUGAAGAGUUUGGCGAUGCAUUCGACGUUUUAACCAACCUUCUUCGCUGCGAGAUCUGCUUCCCUGCAGAACAUUUCAACGAAAUCGACCCAGCAACCGGAAGGCAGUAUGACUGGAGCUAUAUCGCUUCAAUCCUCAAGAACUACCCUUUUCUUCCGCUCCCUGCCUGGUUCGUGCGACAAGCUAGAAUUCAAAAGACGCCGUCACCGCUGACGGAGACUCAAACUAGCCUGGUCGUCAGUCUCAAGGGUGCAAGCAAUGCGCUUCGGCUCGAUUUCAACGCCAUUGCAUGGCAGAUCAUCAAGUAUAACAUCUAUAUGGAAAUUCCACGAGGACCAAAACAGGCUCUUCGUACGGGAAACUGGGAGCAGCUGGCAAGGAACAUUCUUCAGGCACAUCAAACCCUAAAGCCGCUUGCUCAUUUAGAGCAGGAGAAACAUAAGAACUUAAGAUACGCUGCUUGUGCGAUCGGUCGAGCGGUAAAAUGUGCAGAGUCUAGAUGGUUUGACGCCCUUCGGUCAUCUGAAGAUUAUGUUUUGAGCAACGAAGCGCUCGAACUAAGCUGGCGGCUAGCGGAGAGCGGUGAUCCUCGAAGCAACAGAGAUUUACGCAGUGAGCCGCUUUUAGACUUGACUAUGUACGGAAAAACUAAGACCACCCAAAUUGGCGAAAAUUUGCUCACAACUGUCCAGCGUGAUGACGGAGACGGCGUUCGAGAACCAUCGAACAUAAUAUCCCUUGCUGUGGCGCGAAUGCUUGGCCAGGAACCCCGGAUACCAGCUCCAGUGGGAGGAGAGCCCCAGCUCAGAUUACGGGCUCCUAUAAAUAUCGAACCUAUCCCAGGCUAUAUACUGGAAGCCGGCCGCAGGAUUAGCUGUGAUAGGGCUUUGCCAUCCUAUGCCGGCCGGAGUGACCAGGAGCUAGAGGCUCAAGGUAUCGCCCGUAUCCCACACAGAGGCCUAGCAUCCACCCUUACAUUUGACGGCUUCUUCCACGUCAGCAUGGGCCGGCAUACGGUUCUCCCUAGCGCCACCGAGGUUGUCGAGGAAAUCCUAAGGGCGUUUAAGGAGGACGACGAUGAAACCAUCUGCCGCCACGGGUUCCAUAUAAAUGCGCGCGGCUACGAGCCCUUGUACAACUCUGCACGGGUGCUCUCCAUCGCUCCCGUUUUGCGUGGAAUUUUCGAGUAUGGACGGCCGGACCCGAACGCUGGCCCCAUAGCGAGGCUAAGGAACGAUCUUCGGCUUGUGGAUCUAACCUUAACCUUGUAUACUCUAAUUGAGACGGAUGAUUUGGAGGAGCUGCUUGGACCGGCUACGGUCGAUUUUCAGAUUGUUUUUUGCCAUGCUGGAGAGGAUGAAGAGACUUUGAACCGCGUUGGGCUUACUCGUCAUCCGAAGCUGGGCCUGAUAGGGUUAUACGGAUACUUCAAUAUGCCGUUAGAGGCAGAGUCUAGUUAA